UUUCAAGGCUGAAACUACAACCUUGAAACAGAGCGCCAAUUCCUUAUCCUCCACUUCUCUCUGAUGACAUGUCAGCUUCUUCCUGGCACACUCUCACCGGCCUCGCCGCUCUCUCCUCCUCCUCCUCCUCCUCCACCUCAAAACGCCGUCGUCUCAUUCCUCACUCCCUCUCACUCACCCGCUCUUCCCUCACCGGCCUCCGAGAAAUCUCCGCCGAGCCUAAGCAGCCCCAGCCCGACGCCUUAGCCUUCACCCAAGCGCUUCGGAACCAAAACGACGCCGUCCGGAAGAAGAAUCGAGGCGGUGGAGACGACGACGAUGAUGAUCAAGAAGAAGAUCAGGCGAUUUCCAACAUUCCGGUUCCCAGGCAGAAGUACAUCCCGGUCUCCAAGGCCGAGCUGCUAGACGGCGUCGUCUCCAAGCUCUUCGCCGAUGACGAAGACGAUGUUCUGGAGCAGUUUCUCCUUCUCUCGUCGUGCUUGGAUUCGAUUCUUCAUGCGGAGCAUAAGAGCAUAUUGGAGGAAAUGCGAGCCGAUUAUUCGGAUUCGAACUCGGUGGAGUACAAGCAAGCAGUGGAGGAGGUCAGUGAAGAAGCAAUGGCUGAGGGAACCAAUGGAAAUGGGAGGGUAGAUGGAUAUGGGAGUGGAGAUAAUGAAGCUGAAAACUCGAUUCCAUUCGAUUAUGUUGAGGGAUUGAGGAAACUUUUGCGUUCUUCAGUUAAGGACGUCAAAAGGGUUUCUGUUGCCACUCGUUUCCAGCGAUCUUUCAUGCAGCUUCUUUACAACGCUCAGUUUGAAGAAUUAUCGGCAAAGGAUUUAAUGCUGACAUCUGCAUUGAAUUCAGAUUAUCUCCUUACUUUGCCAAUAUAUGUUGACUGGAAGAAGGCUUCUGAGUCCAAUGCAAUAAUAUACAGGCGGGGAUAUGCAACUGAAAGGCAGAAUGGUCUACUACUUGUUGAAAAGUUAGAGUACAUACAGUCCAAACUUCUACGAGGAAUCUUCUUCAUUGUAUCGAAACCAUUGGGGGAAAUUGGCAGCUGGAUAACUGAGUCAUUGAAAGUUGCUUUUCAGACACCAGAGGUACAAGAUUGGACUGAAAAAGUGAAACUUUGGCUGAAGGAACUCUCUGUGUUUCAGCAAGGAUUUCGUACUAACGAACAAACUUCUGAUGAUCUGCUGGGGGUAGAUCAACUACCAGAUAUGGAACUUCCAAUAUGGCUUGCUGCACAGAGAGCUGUAUCUCGUUAUGAAGGAAUUUUAUCAGCAGUUGGACCCCGUGGUAGGCUCUUAAGGAAGUUGCUUUCAUGGAUUGGACUUAUUUCCCUUGUACCAGAAACACCAUUUGAGCUUGAUGGAGACGCUUAUGCUUCUGAUCCUUAUGCAAGGCCCAUUUUCUUAUCAAGGAUAUCACUCAGUGACAUAUGGAGACCUGCUUCAUGGAAAUACUGUGAAAAGAAUAUUUGGAAAAUGUUGAAGACCUCUGUAUCCAUUCUUUUCUCAAAGUCUAUCCUCCAGGAAGCAGCAUAUCAAGAAUUGAUUCUGCUUUAUACCAAAGAAGGAGAUGACAGGAACAAUGAAGAUAGUGCUUCAGUUCCAUCAUUGCAGUUAAAGAUUUAUGAGAAAAUCCCUAUUCCUGAUCUACCAGUCAUCUUUCCCCACAAAAAGCUCUCUUUCCGUAUCAUAGACACGGUACGCUUGGAUAUUGCGUCAACAUUGGCCCUUUCAGCAUACUUCAUAAACUACAAAUUUGUUAACGUCUUAUCUUCGCCGUCAGCAAUUUAUCUUGAUGUGGUCGCUAUUACUGCUCUUGUAAUAUAUAUCUCCCGUGUGGUUCUGGGAUACAAACAAACUUGGGAUAGCCUUUCAUUACAGCUUUUGGUCAACAAGACACUUUAUGAGAAAACCUUAGCGAGCGGAUUUGGUUCAGUUCAUUUUUUGCUGGAUGCUUCUGAACAGCAACAAUACAAGGAAGCCAUUUUGGCAUAUGCAAUCCUUCUCAGAGCUGAAAGGGGAAAGCUUACAAGCUGUAAGAGUGUUGGAGACAAAUGUGAAAGAUUUAUGUACGAUGUUUUUAAAGUGAAGGUUGAAAUGCCAAUCGACAAGGCAAUUGCUACACUUAUAAGACUGGGGCUUGCUGCAGAAACAAGUACUGAUGGAAGAACUACUCUGCAGGCUAUCUCCUGCUCCAGUGCAUAUUAUUCCCUGAAACAGCGUUGGAAUAGUUUACUUGAUCAAGAUUGAUUACUGCCAGCCCUCCCUGUAGCCAUACAAGUCCGGGAAAAUGAUUCACAAAAUACGGAGAAGUUCAUUAGAAAAUAGUUUAUGCAAUUGCAUAUGUAUAGUUAUAUUAUAGCAAAAGGGUGUAAAAUGACUAAUCUCUUGGACGAUGGUAAGUUCAUACUCUUCAUAGUUUUCUUUUUCUUUUGAAUAAACAGAAAGAAGAUAAGCCAAAUUAUUCAGAUGCAAUGUUUGAGAACUGCCGCUACUCCCUCAACGUUAGC